AUGAGCCAAGAGGCGGACAUGUUCGACGACCCGGACCUGGGGCUGGGCGAGGAGGAGGACGAGACGGAGAUCACGCAGGAGGACUGCUGGACGGUUAUUUCGAGUUUCUUCGAGGAAAAGGGCCUGGUCCGGCAGCAGCUCGACUCGUUUGACGAGUUUGUGCACCACACCAUGCAGGAGCUCAUCGACGAGGCCGGCGAUCUCACGCUCGAGCAGCAAGAACAGCACUCGGGUCUCUCCGGCGACGUCAUGCGCCGCUACGAGCUCAAGUGGGGCCAGGUCUUCCUCGCCCGUCCCACGGUCACAGAGAUGGAUGGCGCAGUCGUGCCCGUCUUCCCCCAGGAGGCCAGGCUCCGCAACCUUACCUAUUCCUCCCCCAUAUAUCUCGAGGUCGCGCGCAAGUUCUCCGUCGCACAUCCCACGGGAGAUGGCGCUGAGCUUGACUGGAAGCCGGAGCUGGAGGACAAGUUCAUCGAGGGUGCGGACAACCCAAAGGUCUGGAUCGGAAAGAUGCCCAUCAUGGUCCGCUCCGACUUUUGCUUCUUGUCCGCCGUCGAGGAGCAGAACCUGUACGACCUGAACGAAUGCCCGUACGACUCCGGAGGCUACUUCAUCAUCAACGGCUCCGAGAAGGUGCUCAUUGCACAAGAGCGCAUGGCCACCAACCACGUCUACGUCUUCGCCAAAGCCCAGCCCUCGCCCAUCAAUUUCCUCGCCGAGAUUCGUUCGGCCGUCGAAAAGUCGGGCAAGACCAUCUCGCAGUUCCAGGUCAAGAUGUUCCAUCGCAGCCAGGAGAAGACGUCUGGAAACGUCAUCAAGGCGACUAUACCGUAUAUCAAGGUCGACAUACCCAUUUGGGUCGUCUUCCGUGCGCUGGGUGUCAUCUCCGACCGUGACAUUCUCGAGCACAUCUGCUACGACAUGGACGAUGCACCCAUGCUCGAGAUGCUCAAGCCCUGUAUCGACGACGGUUUCGUCAUCCAGGACCGCGACAUUGCGUUGGACUUCAUCGGAAACCGUGGAACAACAACCGGUCUCUCGCGCGACCGUCGUAUCCGCUACGCACAAGAGAUUUUGCAGAAGGAGAUGCUGCCCCACGUCUCAAUGGCCGAGGGCUCCGAGUCGCGCAAGGCAUACUUCUUCGGAUACAUGGUCCACCGUCUCUUGCUCGCCGCCAUGGAGCGUCGCGAACUCGACGACCGUGACCACUUCGGCAAGAAGCGCUUGGAUUUGGCUGGACCUUUGUUGGCGAACCUGUUCCGCAUGCUGUUCAGGAAGUUGACGAGGGAUGUCUACCGUCACCUGCAGAAGUGUGUCGAAACGCACAAGGAGUUCAGCUUGGGUCUCGCCAUCAAGCACACGACGAUCACCAACGGCUUGAAGUACUCGCUCGCCACAGGAAACUGGGGUGACCAGAAGAAGGCUAUGUCCGCGAAAGCCGGUGUUUCCCAAGUGUUGAACCGUUACACUUACGCUUCAACCCUCUCCCACUUGCGCCGCUGCAACACGCCUCUUGGUCGUGAGGGCAAGAUCGCCAAGCCGCGUCAAUUACACAACACCCAUUGGGGUAUGGUCUGCCCGGCCGAGACGCCCGAGGGUCAAGCGUGCGGUUUGGUCAAGAACCUCUCACUCAUGGCAUGUAUCUCUGUCGGCUCCAUGAGCGGCACCAUCGUCGACUUCUUGGAGGAGUGGGGCUUGGAACCUUUGGACGAACUGCAGGAGGCGAAGGACAAGCGCAUCACGAAGGUCUUCGUCAACGGUGUCUGGGUUGGUGUACAUCGCGAUCCCACGAACCUCAUCACGACGUUGAAGAGGUUGAGGAGAAAGGACGACGUCCAUCCCGAGGUGUCUAUCGUGCGCGAUAUUCGCGAGCGCGAGUUGAGAAUAUACACGGAUCCGGGACGCGUAUGUCGUCCGCUGUUCGUCGUGGAAGACGGCAUGCUCGUGAUCGAGAAGAAGCACGUGCAGUGGGUUUCCCAGGGUCAUACCGAUGACCCGAACGAACCCUUCCGCUGGUCGCAGCUCAUCAAGACGGGUGUCAUUGAGAUGUUGGACGCCGAGGAGGAGGAGACGGUCAUGAUCAGCAUGUCCAACGAGGAUUUGGAGGCGAGGAAGCUCGAGGCGCAGGGACUGGACACGCAUGAGGACACGAACCCGGACAGCAUGCAUUUCGACCCAUCGAGCAGGUUGAAGCCUAUGUCGACUAUGCGACCGCAUCUGUUUACGCAUUGCGAGAUUCAUCCGAGUAUGAUACUGGGUAUCUGCGCCAGUAUCAUUCCGUUCCCGGAUCACAAUCAGUCACCGCGUAACACGUACCAGUCCGCCAUGGGUAAACAGGCCAUGGGCAUCUACCUUACCAACUUCCUCGUCCGCAUGGACACGAUGGCGAACAUCCUCUACUACCCGCAGAAGCCGCUCGCCACAACACGCUCGAUGGAGUACCUCAAGUUCCGCGAGCUUCCUGCUGGUCAAAACGCUAUUGUCGCGAUCUUGUGUUACAGCGGUUACAACCAGGAAGAUUCCGUCAUCAUGAAUCAGUCGUCUAUCGACCGCGGCCUGUUCCGCUCGAUCUACUACAGGAGUUAUAUGGAUCUGGAGAAGAAGAGUGGUGUGCAACAGUUGGAGGAGUUCGAGAAGCCGACGAGGGAUACGACGUUGCACAUGAAGCAUGGGACGUACGAUAAGCUCGAGGACGACGGGAUGAUCGCACCUGGAACGGGUGUGAACGGUGGAGACAUCAUCAUCGGAAAGACGGCUCCUUUGCCUGUCGACAGCGAGGAGCUCGGCCAGCGUAAUCGUUUGCACACUCGCCGCGAUGUGUCGACGCCGCUGAAGAGCACCGAGAGCGGUAUCGUCGACCAGGUGUUGAUUACCACGAACCACGAGGGCCAGAAGUUCGUCAAGAUCCGCGUCAGGUCUACGCGUAUACCGCAGAUCGGUGACAAGUUCGCGUCGAGGCACGGGCAGAAGGGUACGAUCGGUAUCACAUACCGCCAGGAGGACAUGCCGUUCACGAGCGAGGGUAUCACACCGGACAUCAUCAUCAACCCGCACGCUAUUCCUUCGCGUAUGACCAUCGGACAUUUGGUCGAGUGUUUGCUGAGCAAGGUCGCGACGCUCAUCGGGAACGAGGGUGAUGCGACACCGUUUACGGACUUGACGGUCGAGAGCGUGUCGACGUUCCUGAGGCAACAGGGAUACCACUCGCGUGGGCUGGAGAUCAUGUACCACGGUCAUACUGGACGCAAGUUGCAAGCGCAGGUCUACCUCGGCCCAACGUACUACCAGCGCCUGAAGCACAUGGUCGACGACAAGAUUCACGCGCGUGCACGUGGUCCCGUGCAGAUCUUGACGAGGCAGCCGGUCGAGGGUCGGUCAAGAGACGGUGGAUUGCGAUUCGGAGAGAUGGAGCGCGAUUGUAUGAUUUCGCAUGGUGUGGCGGCGUUCUUGAAGGAGAGGCUGUUCGACGCCAGUGAUGCGUACCGGUUGCAUGUUUGCGAUUCGUGCGGUCUGACGGCUAUCGCGAACUUGAAAAAGCAAACGUUCGAGUGCCGUGCAUGCAAGACCAAGACGGCCGUGUCGCAGUUGUACAUCCCGUACGCUGCCAAACUGCUCUUCCAGGAACUGCAAAGCAUGAACAUCGCCCCGCGGUUAUACACCACCUCCACUGGUCGUAUACGUGACUGA